UCGUCGCCGCUUUUGCAGGAGCAAGAGGUGUUCGAUGCUCUCUUUAGCACGAGGCGUCCGAAAGACGGUUGGGCCGGAUUGAGCAGCGGUCUAAAAAGUUUUGGCAAAGGUACAGCGGCUGGUCUAGCGACUUUGGUCGGCGCUCCGAUAGCUGGUGCGCAGCAGGGCGGUGCGCGAGGCUUCGUUGCCGGCCUCGCCACCGGUGUAGCGUCAGCUGUCGCUCUUCCUGUGGCUGGACUCUGCGUCGGUGUGGCGCAAGUCGGUCGAGGCAUCGCCAACUCGGGAGAAGCCGUUCGCAGCGCUCGGGCUGGUAUGAUGUGGGAUGAGAACAAGCGAGAGUGGUAUUUCUAUCUGCUGGACCGUGAAGCGUCAGAAAUACGGGAGGAGGAAGUGAAAAAUUCCGCCGAAGCGAGCGGCUCGGGGUCUGCCGAGUCGGACCGUACAGUCAAAGACAGGGCCUACUAUGAGCUUCUGAGGGUUUCUACUAACGCUACGAGCGCCGAGCUCAAAAAGGCCUACUACAAGGAAGCCCGAGUCUGCCAUCCGGACAAAAACCCUGGAGACCCCGGUGCCGCAAAAAAGUUUCAGGAACUUGGACAAGCCUACCAGGUGUUGUCCAACGAGCAAUCGCGCGCGCACUACGACAAGCAUGGUAUUCAAGAAUCCAGUGAUGUUCAGAUGAGCAUGACGGACAUUGAUCCACGAAUAUUCUUUGCUGUAAUGUUUGGAAGUGAAGCUGUAAAGCCGUACAUUGGAGAGCUAUGGAUUGCCAACAAAGCGGACUCAUUGAUGAAGGAUCAAAUGAAAAUGGGUAUGGAUGCGCAGGGUGAAGAUCCGAUUGAAAUGGAUGAAGAAGCUUUUCGUGAGAUGGCAAAGAAGCGUUCUACUGAUGACGUUUUAAGGCAACGCAAACGGGAGGUAGAGUGCGCUACCAAUCUUCGAGAAAAGAUCGCUCUGUUUGUUGGUGGGUCCCAAGACGAAGGUGAAUUUGUCGCUGUGUGUCAAGCAGAAGCUGCCGAAAUCACCAAGGGCGCGUUUGGGGAUGUGUACAGCACUGCUAUCGGUUGUGCUCUCGAAGUGGAGGCCGAGGUCUUUCUUGGAACGUACCAGUCGUUCCUCGGUAUGGAAGGCCAAGCGGCAAAAAUGAAGAAACGCGGCAUGUCGUGGAACAAUCAGAUGAAGGUUCUCGGUGCAGGCAUCUCAGCGGCCCGAGCAGGGUCGAAGGCUUACGCGGAAGUUGACAAGUUGCAGAAGGAGGCACAGACAAGGAACCCGUCAAUUGAAGGCGGAUCAGGUAUAAACGAGGAGCACAUGAAGCAAGCAACAGAAAAGAUCGAAGCUUCUCUUCCUGUGUUUUUGGAGCUUGCAUGGGCGAUCAAUACUCAAGAUAUUGCUCGCACACUGAAGCAAGCGUGCCGGCGCCUCUUUCACGACGCGGCCGAGAUUCUGCCCUUGGAGACGCGUCUCAAACGAGCUGAAGGCGUGCGUAUUUUAGGUCGCGAGUUUCUCACUAUGGGUAAGCUUGCGCAGAAAGCGAACGUGAAGUCGGUUGACGCUCAGGAGAUCCGCGCACGGGCCGAGGUUGCG